CACUCUUCGCAAGGGGAAGCAGCCAUUGUCUGUCAACCCACAACAACAAGAAAGAGGAAGACAGUUUUGGCCCGAGAAACAAGAGGACAUUAUGAUCUGGUGAAAAACAUGAUAGGAUUAUUGUUGUAGAUGUAAUCGUACAUCGCGAUUACUCUGCAUUUUGUGCACCUCGUCGUGAGAGCUUUCGCUAAGCAGCUCGGCAGAAGAGAAGCAGGGUUUGAUUUGCAGUCCUCUGAUGUCUGCCGAAGCGUCUGGUUCAUCUGGAGGGACUGUGGUGAACGUGACCGGUUCUGCCGCACAGUCCACUAGCCAUGCUGGCGAAGAAAAGCCUGAGAGGAGCCUGACCAGCAGUAAGUAUGUGAAGCUCAAUGUGGGAGGUACUCUCCAUUACACCACUGUCCAGACGCUCAGCAAGGAGGACAGUCUGCUCAGGAGCAUGUGCGAUGGGAGCACCGAGGUCACCAUAGACUCAGAGGGGUGGGUUGUGUUGGACAGAAGUGGGAGACACUUUUCCCUGGUGCUGAACUUCCUGCGGGACGGGACAGUUCCUUUGCCAGAGAACUCACUGGAGCUGGAGGAGGUGCUGAAGGAGGCACAAUACUACAGGCUUCAGGGCCUUGUGCAGCACUGCCUUACCACCUUACAGACACGCAGGGACAACUGCUGGGGAUGUCACAUUCCUAUGAUCACUUCGGCCAAAGAGGAGCAGAGGAUAAUAGCCACCUGCAGGAAGCCAGUGGUGAAACUGCAAAACAACAGAGGGAACAAUAAAUAUUCCUAUACCAGUAAUUCAGACGAUAACCUCCUGAAGAACAUCGAGUUGUUUGAUAAGCUGGGGCUGCGUUUUAAUGGCAGAGUGCUGUUCAUUAAAGACGUGCUGGGAGACGAGAUAUGCUGCUGGUCUUUCUAUGGCGAGGGACGCAAGAUUGCUGAAGUCUGCUGUACCUCCAUUGUUUAUGCCACUGAAAAGAAACAGACCAAAGUUGAGUUUCCAGAAGCACGUAUCUUUGAGGAAACACUCAACAUCCUGAUCUAUGAAAAUGGUCGUGGUUCAGGUUCGGGAAGCAUGGCCCUGCUGGAAUCAGGGGGUGUCUCAUCAGGUGUUGGCCAAUCAGAGGAGGAUGGGGCAGGGAUAGGGGGCGGGGACAGACGGGUGAGACGUAUCCAUGUGCGGAGGCACAUUAUGCAUGAUGAAAGGGGUCAUGGACAGCAGACUGUCUACAAAGACUAAACAUUUAAAAGGUACAAAGAAGCAGAGAAAUUGUCAUUUAGGAGAGUGGAGGCCUUCCAGUACUAGGGUCCUGUGAACAGGUACCAAUGUUAAUAAAAAAUGGGAAUAACUUUAGUUUAACUUUGAUACAUUUAAUACUGCACUGAAAGGGUGGGGGAGGGGUUAUAGGCUAGUUUAGAAAUUGUCCUAAAAUUGCCACAGUGUGGUUCAAUUGCUUACUUGUCCUUUUUUUUACAUUUAAUUUAUUAUUCAAUUAAUUUAUUGUCCAGAUGUUUCACUUUUUAUUUUAAAAAUGUGAAGUUCAUUUCUGUUUUGCCUGACCAUGUAAAAGUGUUUAAUGGUAAGCUGUGAUGUAUGUGUUUGAAUGACCGGGUGAGUGGUACUUGGUGGAAUUGUAAUAUUGUACAGAUUGGUCAGAUAUUCUGUGAAACUGACAAAAAUGUGCACAACUAAUUGUUACAGCCAUAAACAUAAUGGUGGUGGGGUGGAUUUAAAAGUCUUAAACGCAAACAUUGUUUACACAACUGUCGCAUAAUUGAUUUGUUUGGGCAAGAUGACACAAUAUAAGAUUAUUGUCUUGUAACUUAAUUUUCAUGGCUAUGAGAUGAUGGUAAGAGUAUUUUUUUUAAUUUAAGGUAUAACCCAUUUUUAAACUAAUCUGUAUUGACUAAUGUAAGCCACAAAUGCACGCAUUUCCUGCUUAAAACGCUGCCAAUGGAACUAAUACGCAGAAUGACGUACACAUAUUGUGACGGCAUGUUACUCAAAAUGAAUGAACAAUUUGUUAACAUUUUCAAAUAAAAUUGUUAUUUUUCUUGAAA